AUGCACCACAUCACUGCUACCUUCCUUGUUCUGUUCCUGGCUCUGGCCAGCAUAGCUAGUGCCGCCCGUUUGCCCACUUUGACAGCCAGUCUCUCUGCACGUCAGCUUGCUGUAACUGCACAGAACUCCACGACUACAGAUCCGCCGUUACGUAGUCCAUCCGUCAUGCAGAGCAUUCAACACAGGCCCUAUAUCCUGAAGGAACCUAAUAAUCAUGUCACCAAGCGCCAGCUCGCAGUCGAUAGCGCAACGGACGGUCAGACUGCCACAGGCUCUGCCGACAGCAAUAUCAUCGCUAGAAAUGCUGCACCGUCUGACAAGCCGAUCAUGGGACACCAUCAGCCAUCAUAG